CUGAAGAAGACGGCCACGCUGUCAAAACUCGUUGGCCAAACGAAGCUCAUUUCCUACAUUGAGUCGGCCCUGUUCAAUGGCUGGCUGCCGAACUGGUUGCGCAAUCUGCUGCACUACACUGCCCUCGUGUCGCCCCGUGCCUACAGGGUCAUCUUGAGCGUGAAGCCGCUCAACCCAGAGGAGAAGCGUCUGCCGCGCAACAUCAUGAUGGCCGCGUACGAGAUCGCGAAAGAGAAGGAGCUGCAGAGUGCCGCUGAGGAAACCAAGGGCACGGUCUCGGCAACGGCUGGUGUGGAAACGGAAGCCACCGGUGCUGCAGCUGCUGGGGCUGGUGGAGUGCCGCCGAUUGAGCAGGCGAAGAAGCAGCAGUCGGUCAAGCCGCUAACCUCCGACAACUCAAGCAGCAGCGACACGACCGCCACCGGUCACACUGGCACCGCACUAUCCGCCAUGGCAUCCAAGAUCGACGAAAACACCGAGCGGAUGAGGGAGGUGGCGUGCGAGCUGCAGGAGCUCCGUAUAGCCCUGCAACGUAACCAGCAACUGAUCGAAGAGAUUGCACACCAGGUGACGGCCGGAUCGCCGUCGGGCGCAACCAUCGAACUGGCACCGAAAUCGGCCACCACUCCAGGGCCAUCGGUCAUCGAAACGGACGUGGAGACGGUACCCGAAGCACCAGAGCACUAGGGCACAACGCAUCCUACGCGAUCCUAGAUUUCAAUCGUUGAUCGUUGAUUGGUGAAUGCUGCGAUACGGCAGACGUCCACUGUACUGGCGACACAUACUUGUAACUCGGAAUAGCACACGAGAAUCGAUUUUCGAUUUACGAUUUUUCUUUUGCGCUAAGAGUUAUUUGCAACAAUUCGAUCUACAUCUUUCCAGCUGGAGAAAAAUAUGUUUUGGAGGAAUCAGGAGAUGCAGGAAAAACCCUUUUUUCGCAUUUAAACUUUGCGUAAAUAAAUUUGAAAACAAAGAGUUUACUACUGUGUCCAUCGAAGAGGGGAUACGGUACUCAA